AUGCUAGAGCUAAUGUUGGGCCAAAUCGCGAACUAUUGUCCAAUAAUCUUUCGUAACACUAUUGUGAAAAAUAGCAUAUCAAUUGAGUUCAUAUGGAAUGCUAUUCACCUGCAUUUUGGUUUUCAAGCUACUGGUGCCCAUUUUGUGGAUUUUAACAACAUCAAGCUACAACCUGACAAGCGCCUUGAGGACCUGUCUCAACGUCUUAUAGCAUUUGUCGAGGACAGUCUCCUGAGUUCUAGUGGUAACAUCACACAUCAUAAUGAGCAAAUUACAGAAGAUGAGGAACUUUCUCCCACUUUGGAAAAUUUUGUUGUUCUCACAUGGCUUCGCGUUAUUAACCCAGCCCUCCCAAAUCUUAUCAAACAGUGUUAUGGAACCGGACUCCACUCCCGAACUCUUGCUUCCAUAAAGCCUGAAAUUUCACAAGCUGUGAGCUCAUUGCUUGAUGAAAUUGCAUCAAAUGAUGAAGCAAAAGUUAUGUGCACUCAAACAUUUAGGAGAGGCCCUAGUAGACGUCUACCUGUACCAGCAAUGAGGCAAUCUGGGUCUACACGUCUGUGUGAGAAGUCAUGUCCCUUAUGUAAACAAGCAAGUCGCCCUGACAACCACUUUCUUAGCGAAUGCAGAUUUCUCCCUGAAAGAGACUGGAAGUACAUGGCUAAGGCAAGGCAGAUAGCCUCUAUCCUGGAAGAUGAUGAAGAAUGUUUCGAUGAUGCUGCAGUGGAAGAUUACCCCCACAGUAAUGAUGUACCAGAAUUUCCAGUUCCUGCCAGUCGCCUAGUCCAAGUGCGUCAGUCACCGUACAUCAAUGUAUUAAUUAGCCAUCACACAGUUCGUGUCACUAUUGAUAGUGGAGCAACUUGCAACAUGAAUCGUGCAUCAACCGUGAAGUGACUUGGAGCCAACAUUAAAGCUAGCUCCCAAUCCGCACGACAGGCUGACGGCCAUUCACCCUUGGAAGUCAUUGGUGAAACUCGCAUAACAUUCACAAGAGAAAAAUAUGAGCUGUGCUUUGAGGGAUUGGUUGUGGAAAAUCUGGAUGUUGAGAUCCUUGCUGGUACUCCAUUCAUGGAAGCUAAUGCCAUAUCCGUCAGACCUGCUCGACACACAGUUCUCAUUUGUGACACUUCCUACACAUAUGGAUCAAACAAAACCAAGUCACCAGCUGUACGAUGCGCUGUUGUUCUCAUAGCUCCUUCAACCUCUACCACUAUUUGGCCUGGUGAAUUUAUUGAAAUAGCACUGCCAGACGGUAUCCCUGACAACGUGUAUGCUCUUGAACCUCGCACUGAUGCCCCAAGUGCUUGA